CUAUCUGUCACUUCUUACAAGAAGUUUUCUCGUUUUCUCUGUAGCUUUUCUGUAGUCUGUUUUUGUUUUGACUUUUGGAGAGGCGAGUGGCGACUACAGCAGACAGGCGAGGGGACAGUGGAUGGAAUGUAAGUGAGUGGACACUCGGACAGUGACAGUGGUAAACUUCUUAUCUACAGAUUAUACAAUACCUUAGUUUCCUUUAGAUAGUUCAGUGAAUCUUCACUAGAAAUGAUGGAAGCUAAAACUGAGGAUAUUGAAAAUGGAUAUGAAAAUAAUGGAGAAGAAGUUGUCUUCAAAAACUUGGAUUUCACUGAAAAAUCAAUCCGUCGAGGAUUUAUCAGGAAAGUGUAUGGGAUCCUAAUGGUGCAGCUUAUGAUAUCCCUUGGUUUUGUUUCAAUCUUCAUGUACGUUGAACCAGUGAAGCAGUUUGUUCAUGAAAAUGGAGCACCUUUUGUUUUGGCCGGAGCUAUUAUCGCCAUCGUCACUAUUAUCAUAUUGUUAUGCUCCACCAACGCUCGGCGACGUGCUCCUGCCAACAUCAUCUUCCUUGGAGUUUUCACAUUGUCCUUUAGUUUUCUUCUUGGAGUUGUGUGUGCUGCUUCCCAGAAAGAGGAGGUGUACUGGGCACUGGGUAUUUGCACUAUUGUGACUAUCAGCCUCACGAUCUUCGCUUGGCAGACCAAGAUUGACUUCACUAUGUGCCACGGAACUAUGUUUGUCCUGUUGAUGAUUCUGGUCACUGUCGGCAUUGGUUCGCUGUUCGUUCCAUAUGAUCGCACGACUCAACUCAUCAUCGCCGGGUUCGGAGCGUUUGUCUACUCUCUGUUGUUGAUCCACGACACUCAACUUAUUGUGGGAGGUAAACACAAGCUUGUUAUUUCCCCCGAGGAGUACGUGUUUGCUGCUCUCAGUCUCUACUUGGAUAUCAUCUCUCUGUUCCUCAGAAUCUUGCGUAUUAUGCGGUUGGCGUAGAUGUCGCAACUUAUCUAUCAAUUCAACUAUAUUUAUUCUUUGUGUGCGUUUCAGCAAGUUCCUGGAGGAUCAGUUUUUGCUUUGAUGUAUCAUUGUGUAAUGCAACAGUUUAUUAUAUUGUGUAGCUAUAAUUUCUAGAGUAAGUAUUGUGUGAAUGACUAUCUUUCAGUCAAAAUAAUCGGAUCUCAACUUUAAAAAUUGUACAGGUACAAUAUUUUUCAACCCAGCAGGUCUGCUGCAAUUCGUUAAGAUAUAAAAAAAAAGUUUUCUCGCAAUAUAAUCGAUUGUAUGUUUUUCAAGACUUUUUGAUAGGCUGAAAUUCUACUUUUUUAUAAAUUAGGCUCUAGUUCUAAAAUUAUUUUAAUAAUAAAUACCCUGAUCAAAUUUAUUAAGAAAUGUUACAGUAUAACUGUAUUUGGCAGAUUUAAAGUAAAAUACAUCUAGUCCAUUCUUAAGCUAAUUUCUUGUAGAUUGUAGAUGCAGGAGGAGUUUCUCAGUAAUAAGAUAGCUAGCACUGUUAAGUACUACUGCAGGAAAUGAAUAAUGGACUAAAAUAAUCACUGCAGGAAAUGAAUCAUGACCCUACUAUAUUGCCUCUUGAGAAUGAAUCAUUUAAAAACAAACAUUUGCCAUGUUGUAACAGUCAUUAGAUUGGCAUUUAACUAAUCUUUCUUCAUUAGAAAAGUAUUUAGUGUUUAGGUAUCUUAUCUUUAUUUUUAAAGUGGUUAUUCAUGACAAAAUUCUAAGGUUAGAGCAUUACUUUUUAGGCCUUUUGCAUUUAUCUUGUAACUACUGCUCAAUUUUCUAAUUUUCAACAUGAUUUCUUUUUAAAAUCAAGUGUUACUAAAUGGCCAAGUUGACCUAAUAAACUAUUCCUUGAAACAAUUAAAACUGUAUGUAUAGUUUUAUUACUGACUGAUAGAAUUUAUAAGAUAUUAUAGAUUAAGAAAACCUUUAUAUUUUGUAUACAUACUAAUACUCAAGAGACUUAAUUUUUCAAAACACUUUGUGCUUUGUGUUGUGAUAUAAAAUAGUGUUUGAAAUUGUGAUGACUCCUUAUCAUCUCAACAUAUUAUUAGUCCAGUCUGUUGCUGUAUGAAAAAGGUCUGCAAUUCACAAAUUCUUAAAAUAGAAAAAUAUAUUUCUAUAAAACAUACUUUGUGCAUUGUUUGAUAUAAAUAUAUUUUUCAAGCUACGGUAUACUUUUUUGUGAGAAUUUGUGUUGUUCAUGUUCUUUUACUUCAAACUAAGUGGAUAUAUUUUCAGGUUAGAUUUGCCCUACUAAUUUGAUAAGCUGAUGGUUCAUGUAAUUUAAAAUAAUAAAUAUUUUAUAUAGGGUUA